UUAUUCAUCUUCCCUCUCUGCUUACCUUUUUUCUGCCACCAAAAUUCCCUUUCCUCUGUUCUUAUUUAAGCACUUCUUCUUCUUCUUCUGCUUCUUCUCCUUCAACACCCAUUACCCUUUGUUCUAAACUGAAAACAUGGGCACCACCAUCACCCUGCAAAGCAAACAAGCCUCAAUUUACUUGCUAUUCCUCUCUGUUUCCAUCUUCAUUCAUCUCACAUCCAUGGCUCAAGGGUUGGUGGAGGGGCAGAUGGUGAGGAGUAGCCAAAUAGGGUCACGGCCGCCGAGCUGCAGGGGAAGGUGCAAGGCGUGUGGAGGGCGUUGUGAGGCGGUACAAGUACCAGUGGCGGCGCUGCGUGAUUCUUCUUCACAUCAGAAUCAAAGAAAAAGAAGAACAACCCAUUUCUCUGCUCUGUCUAGUGAAGAUGAGACCUCUAAUUACAAGCCUAUCAGCUGGAAAUGCAAAUGGAAGGGAGGUGAUUGGAUGGAUGGAUGAAUUAUGCAAAGAUUUGGGGUUAAAAAGGGGUGAUUUUAAUGGGAUUUUGAAAGUGUUUGAGAAGAGAGAGAGGGGGAGUUAUUGUGUUUAUGACAGUGAUGAUGUGGGGGAGGUGAAGAUGCAGAGGGAAAUGAGGAAGGCAGUGUGGUGUCAGGUGAAAUUCAGACAGUUCUGGGUUUCGUAUAUUACAAGAUUUCUGAAUCUGUCGAUACAAUUUCAUGGCUGUCUGCUACGGUAAACCCAACAAAUCCAAUCCCUUUUCCCUUCUCCCUCUGUUGCAGUUCUUCUCUU